CGCACGAUACACCCCGAAUGACGGGUUUGCUGUAAAACGCGGGCUAUCAUUAACAUAAUUCACAAGCGAAAGCUGUUUGAUCUGAUAGCUUCCAGAUUUCAAGCCAUGGAGGCUGAAACUAAAGAGGUGGUUUGUUCCGCAAGUACUGAGGAAAAAACAAAGAGUCAUAUUAUACACCCGAAGUACGCGGAGAUUUUCAACUUCACGUACAAGAACUUGCAAUGCCUCCCUGGCAUUGUCGUCACAAAGGACUCCGAUUUCAGCGAUAAUAAUGCAGAAGAUGACGACAAACCUCUAGAUUAUGCCGUCAACUUCAGCGUGGGAGGCAAAAGAAAGGAGCACCCAACCCCGUUCUAUGUUGAGGACAUUCUCAGCCCCAGGAAAUGUGACACGGACCGAGGACCUCUGGCACAUUUUGGUCGUGACUUACACACGUCUUUCCGUUACAGAGAUGAACACAUUCUCAGAAGACGGCACAGCUCUUCAGACCAUACAGGAACCUGAGCCUGCUUCUUCGCCGAAUGCUGAAAGUUGCAAUAAACCCUCCCCUCCCAACCCUAAAGAGAAGGACAAGCUCAGCAGCGAAAAUGUGAAAUCAGAUGAAGACGACGAUGAGAAUUUAGCCGACGACGCCGACGGAAACAGUCGUGCCUUGAAACAGAGGAGAGCGCGAACGGCCUUCACUUACGAGCAGUUGGUGGCCUUGGAAAACAAGUUCAAGAUGACCAGAUACUUGUCUGUGUGUGAGCGUCUCAACUUGGCGCUCAGCCUCAGCCUUACAGAGACACAGGU